AUGCCCGCUCCCCACGACGAACGCCACUCGACCGACAACGAUUCGUCCGCAGUUGCAUUUGAGAACAAGCUGGAGACCUCAUCUGUUUCUUCCAACGCCACAGUAGGAAGCCAGCGAUCUCCCCUCUUGAAGUUGGACGUGUCGCAUGCGGUUCCACCUACCACUCCAACUUCUGCCAGCCCAUCACUCCCUACCACCUCCUCAAAAUCAUUCCCCUCUUACAUGUCUACUGUCACAUCCGAUACAGCGAGGCCGCACAAGCGUACUCGAACAGAUGACGACCUAUCGUCCGGUCCAUUGAAAGUCCCACGAAUCGACGUCUCAAUGGACGAGACGUGUAACGCGCAGUCUCCAAAGGAUACCACGCAUGAGAGGAGAAAUGCAGAAGAGACGAGGGGGAAGUACGGGGAAAAUCAUCCUGCCUACCAAUACGAACGGGAACACGCGAGCAAAAAGAAGGUAGCCAUGAAUUAUGAAGAACUAACGCAGGAGGUAGAAGGCGCGCAGGAUGAAGGGCAAGAAGCAGAGGCUCAAACAGUGGGCAUGUCCGUCCCGUCCACUAACGCCGAGGUUGGCCUCCAUUCGUCUGCUAUCGGAGCAAAGUCGCUGGUGGGGCCACUGCCUAUUCUUCCACCAACGGUGCCUCCAAUCAGUCGCCUACUCCGCUCUAAGCUGGCCCUUCAAGCUCCCCUCCCUCUGCGCCACGCCGAGCUUGAGCUGGGCGAUACACGGAAUAAGAGGCCCUCUAUCAAGCGGUGCCUUCCACGUGUCCAGCCAUACUUCGGGCGAGAAUCGGCGCCAGCACUCCAACCUCGCCUAGCCGCUGCUUCUUAUCCUCGAAAUGUCCAGCAUGACUCUUUUCUCCUUCCGUCAAGUGGUGCAGCAUCAAGCACUGGAUAUGCAAUUCCCCAGGUAACAUAUCCACAACCAAUUAGUGGCAGUACUGGCCAGCCGCACUACCAGCCCCCGCUGCAUUACCAGCCUCAGCUGCAACACCAGCCCCCACUGCGGCUCCAGCCUCCGUUGCAGCUUCAGCCGCGGCAAUACCAGCUUCCGCCGCCAAUGUAUGGAUACUGGUUUAGACCUGCAGUAUCCAUCCCGCCGACCUAUACUACUGUGGCCCCUGCCUCCAUGUCGUAUUCGUCAAUGGCCCACCUGCAACAGAGUCCCGCGGCAUUCCAUCAACACCCGGCCACCGCAUCCUUCCCACAGCCCACAGCUUUGCACGCGAUGCCUAUUCCCGACGGAGCUGGGUCGUUCUACGCAACAUACCGAGGGCUUUCUGGAUCGGUGGCCUCAGUUUCGUCUGGACAACCACUGUAUGCAGAAGAGCUAUCAUCACUCUCUAUCGCACAGGGCCUCUACGCGCUGCAGCAGGAGCAGUCCGACAGGCCGGACCCCGAUGCACUAGCAUCUGCGCCACAAUAUGGUCAACUUGCCCCAGGCAAUGAGGUGGUGCAGGAUCAGUCCUUUACACUAUACGUGUUGAAACGCGCUGACCUGCGCGGUCAGGAACGAGCUCGCAAGCUCGGGCGCGCGAGUAGCCGGUGGCCGGAGGCCCCUAUCGUAGUAUAUAACGACCCUGCGCGAUGCCGCCGUCCGGUCGAUUUGAUGGCAGUUUCGCCGAUCGUUAAUGGUUUGCUGCCCUUUCGAAUCCGCAUCUGGGAUCAGCAGUUCGACCUUGCGAACCAUUUGAGUCAGAUGUCGCAAGCAUGGGAAAUGAGGACACAUACAGAAUCGCGCCACGCGCUGGUGACUUUCUCGUCGGGCACGCGGAGUCUCCAGCCAGCCACUCGUGGAUGGGCCGCGGAUCACCUUAGCAUCACUAGCAUCAUCGGGGCUGCCAUUCCGGCACUGAGUGACUGUGUCGUCGUCAGGCAGCCUUAUAGCGGCAGCUGUGACUUCGAUGGUGAGGGGACGCGGACGUAUUUGAGACCGUCGCGCAUUCCGCCCUUGCACGCAGCUGCUCGGCCUAGCAGGGGCUUGUGCACUCACGCAGCGGCCUGGAGCAACAUGUAUCAGAUGCGUAAAGGGGGCCUAAACGUGUUCGCAGAGGACGUACUGCAGGCGUCGUCCGUCCACGCAUUUGAGACGUUCGCGGGCCGCACACGGCGGAUCCUCCUCAAGCCGGAUGGGUCGGACAGCAGUGGGUCACGGUAUUACGUCCGCAGCACUGGAGCGAUGAGACGACGAUUGAAGCAGGAAGGCAUGAACAGUGUUAGCGAGGCGCAUAUUAAGCGGGAGGGGGAGCGGAUGCGAAUUAUAGGCCUUGAGGUCUGUCUUUUAUGCUCAAAGCUCAGAAAGCUACGUGAUGGAGAAUCAGAUGGUAGCGGUAUUAUGCUGCCAAAACGAUUCGCGUGA